CUCACUGUUGAUGCCGCGCGCUCUUCUUCACUUACACCACGUGUGUUUGUGUUGUAUAUUGUGAUGUUUAUUGAUCUGAUCUGAUUAUAUUAAUGUGAUUGAUCUGAUGUGAUGAUAAUGGGUUCUCGGUUUAUCAGCGGGUUUGUGUUCGGCGCGGUGUUCAGCACGGGUUCAUGUAUCGCAGCUCUUAAACUCUAUUUACAUGAAGAGCAGAAAACACACAGAGAAAGCCCCAUCCAUCGACUCAUCGAGCACUUUGGCCUCCCACAAACCGGCGCUGAGACUCGAUUCUACAUCAACCACAUCUUAUCGUACGAUCGGACCCGCCGGACUCCCAGAUGGGUGGCAGAGCAUCUGUCUGAUCAGAGGUUAUUAGGUAAAGCCAGUAGAAAACACUGCAAAUUUAAACCAGAUCCCGACAUUCCCGAGCUGUUCACAGCGCGGAACGAGGACUAUCUGCACAGCGGCUGGUCGAGAGGUCACAUGGCGCCCGCCGGUGACAACAAGAUUUCUGAGCAAGCGAUGGCAGAAACCUUCUAUCUGUCCAACAUCGUGCCACAGAACUACGAAAACAACGCUGGAUUCUGGAACAGGUUGGAGAUGUACUGCAGAGAUCUGACGCAGAGGUUCGGUGAUUUGUGGAUCGUCUCUGGUCCUCUCCUGCUGCCACAGGUGGGAGACGACGGCAAGAAAACCAUCUCUUACCAGCUGAUCGGACCAGAUGACGUCGCCGUCCCCACUCACCUCUAUAAAGUCGUCCUGGCACAGAAGGACUCAUCUGCGGACUCUCUUGCUCUCGGGGCGUUUGUGGUUCCGAACGCUCCGAUCGGCUUUGACCAUCAGCUGACCGAGUUCCAGGUGAGUUUGCCUGAGUUAGAGCGGCUGUCCGGCCUCACGUUCUUCCCCAAAGUGAACCGAACAGAACACCUGCAGAACUUGUGUGAUGUGGACUCCUGUCAGCUCAUGGACUUCAAACAGUUCACGCUUUACAUCACGGGUCGUAAGGUCACGAGCGCUCGAACGCUCGCGCGGUUGGAGAAGGUGAUGGCGGAGCUGAGAGAUGCGAGUAUCCCACCUGACGACUACCUGAACAACCUUUACCUGGAGAAGAAACGAGAACUUCUAAAGAAAGAGGAACCUGAGAAUAAAUCUGAUGCUUGAGCGUUCUGGAUUUUUGCAUUAGUAGUUUUUGGAAGGUUUUAGCUGAUUUGUUUUAUCUUCAUUCUUCUUUACCAAAAAAGUGUUACAGGAGUUCAUCUGUAAGACAGUGUUGUAUGUUUACAAGCUUGAAAUACUCAGUUUCUCAGUGUUAUUUGUAUUUCUUUUUGUGUUAAAAGCAUUUUAUUUCUUUACUCACUGGUGUGGUUCAUUGUUCCUGGUUCCAACAGUCGAGGAAAACCUGAACAUAUCAGGGAGUUUUUACAUUUCCAGGCUUGAAUCAAUAGACAAAAUACAAUACAAUCUUAACAUUUCUGUAGUUAAUAUGGAACAAGUCCAUCUCAGGCUCAUCUGUGGAGAAACUAUUUCUGAUUUGAGUAAAUAUGGUGUGUUUGAGUAUUAUAUCAGUGUGAUUAUAUUGUAUAUACAGUAUCAUAUAUUGGUGUUUCUUCAGCACAGUGGUUGAUCUUUAUUAAAAUGAGCAGAUUUAAACUUGUUAUCUUUUUGUUUUCUGAAGGUCUCGUUAAAACUGAAUUGGACACUUUUCACCAGACCUUCAUUUAUAUUUGACACUUUUUAAAUGCCUUUUAUGUCUAGAUUUGUCUUAUGUAGCCCCAGACCUUCAGUAUUAAACUAUGAAAAUCCAUUAAAAAAAAUACAAAUUAUUGCAUGCUUAAAGCAAAUAGAAAUAAACAAUUUGAAUAUUUA